UCCCUCGCCUCCCCUUCCUUUCACUUUCACUGAGAAGCAUGGGUAUAUGACGGACUGUAGGUGCUCUGGAGUCACCAGUUCACUCUAACUAUUCCCGAGCGACGCACUUCCACAACCUCCUCUCAUCAGCCCUUCCAACACCUCGGCUACAACGUCCAUACCCUCAGCAUCCUCUGUAAAUCAACCUUAAACACCUUCAGUACCUUUAUCGUCUCACGAUGCCUGGAGUGCCUGCCGAAGUCUCCACGAUGUUCUCGGACUUUUCCAGUAGUGUGGACCUCUUCAAAGGACAACUGAAGGCGGCGUUCACGUCACUGGACCUGACCACAGUAGCGGCGAUCCUGUUGGUGUUCGCUGGUGCUAUCCUGCUUUAUGACCUCCUGGUGUACUUCCUGGCCUCUGCCUCCACCAGGAGGUCUCUCAUGAUGACUCCCAUCCUCGCCCAGCUCGCCACUAGCGCCUGGGACAAGAGGGAUGAACUUGGCUUCUCCAACAUGAUUGAGUCGAGGUCCUUUGAGACGCUCUCACCCAUCCUGGAAGUGUUCCUCCAAGCCAUGGAGAAAUACGACACACCUGAGGAGAAGCAACGCUAGUGCUCACGAGACAUCCUGGAGCCAUCUCAAAGAGGUGAAUUCCCUUCAACUCACCAAUUCACCACCGUAUGGAGACGGAGGAUCGAGCCUCCUUUCACUCAUUGAGCUGACUGACCUCAAAUCGGUUUAGCUCAUGAAAAUAAUCAUUAAAUAGUUUGUUGAUUUGGGAAGAUCAGAAGAACUUUCAUACGAAAGGCUCUUGAUGACGUGUCUGUUAUCCGCCGAGGUGUCAGGGUUCCCGUAACGUUGUCCAGACGCUGGAAAGAUGAAAGCCACGUCUUGGGCGCUGUUACGUGGCUUUAGUUUGUGAGGCUGAAAAAUCAAAGCAACAAUGAAGACAAAGAACGAGUUACAUAAACUUUUAUUAGUGCAACGUUUCGCUCUGUACAGACUUUUAUCAAGCUCCACACAGAACAAAACGUUGUCUCUGUAAAAGCUUGUUCUGCAAAAUGUGUAUUUUUCAUAAUUCCUGUUGGCAUUCCUGUCCCUCAAUGUAUUCACCUGUCCUCUAAAUUGCUCAAAAUAUUACUAAGCAAAUUUCAGCAAAUAAUGUGCCCAUUCGUUUAACAAUGAUUUACCUCACGGCUUUCAUGUGUUUCAGGAAGCCGGUUCAAGCUAUAGGAAUAUAUUUCACAGGGAUGACUGGCAUCCACGCAGGCGGAGGAUGACCUGAGAGUCUUCUGUGAUAAUAAUUGUUUUCUUUGUGUCCUCUUCACUACAUUUCUUCUGUCUGUCUCUUCAUUGUCUCAGAUAAUUUUAUGUGACCUUGAGCUCAAGUUUCUUGCGGUCAUUAUCUAAGGUGAAUAAUUUUUAACUUGUAUUUAUAUAUU